AUGGCCUACUCGGAGAGUCGCUCGCCGAGCGUCAAUUCAAAAGGUUUGAAUUCUCUGUUGAAAAGUUUUAAUGGCACAAUGUCUCUAGGACGGGUAACUUGUACCUAAUCUGAACAUACUGUCUGGUAUUCAAUUAAAAAAAAAACAAAUGUUGGCCUUGCAAUAGAUAACAUCAAAUCCCAGAGCCCUUUUUUCUUUUAUCAUCAAAAUUCCUGGAGAGGCCAGGUUGAACUCUCUUUGAUAACCUACCACUUUUCUGCAGAUAAUAUGCGCUUAAAAUAAUUACUAGGAGAAAACGAAAAGCUUAAAGAUAAUCUUGCCGCGUGUAGAGCAUUAUUCCGAUAUGAUGACAAAAAACGCUCCAAGAUCAAAAACCAUUUCCAUUGUUUUUCAGGGAAAAAAAGCUACGGACAUGAACUCGAGACGGUGCCACUUCCGGAAAAAAAAAUCUACACAACAUGGCCCGACAUGAUCCGGCACUGGCCGAAAACCACACUUUGCAUUGUGUCCAACGAAUUCUGCGAACGAUUUUCAUACUAUGGAAUGCGAAGUGAGUACUUUUUGUUGCUACAGUUCACAUCAGAAACAAUUCAACUACUUUGGUGUUGUUGAUAAACUUAUGUUAUCACCAUCAUGUCUUUAACCAGAAGUACAUGUUGCCAACUUUGCAAGUGCUUAUGAUGACAAAGGAGAAAGUAUAAACUAAAGCAAAACUUCACUCACGAACCGGAGAACCGUGAAAUGUUCAUAAUCCGGUCUUUUAAAAUUGGAUGAGAAUUCGAAUGACGUCGGAAGAGCAAUAGAUCAGCACGUGACAUGUUUUGCAGCGGUUCUGACGUUCUACCUGCUUAAUGUUCUCAAGUUCACCGAUUCGCAAUCCACUAUCUUCUUCAACGGAUUUACUGUGCUCUGCUACACUACUCCACUUCUCGGAUCAAUCGUUGCUGACGGUUACAUUGGAAAAUUCUGGUAAACCAAGAUUAAGAGUAUGCGGGAACAAAGAUCCCAUCACUUUCAGGACAAUCUUUUCGGUCUCCAUUCUCUAUGCCAUCGGUCAAGUCGUUCUUGCACUCGCGUCCGUCAAGAAUUAUCAGUCUUCAGUCCAUCCGUAAGUGGGCAAGAACAUGAAACUUAUCAUCAAACUUCAAAUUUACGAAUUCCGAUAGUUGAAACAUUUGAGCAAAAAGAAUGAAAGGGAAAGCAGUUCGUGUAUAGAUAAGCACUCCGAGACGGCAACUUUCGUGCGCUGGUGCACUGGCAUCAUAAAAGGCGUCGACCGAAAAGUGAGGAAGGGAGAGAGAAGUACGUGUUAAUUUGCAGAUGGAUGGAUUUGGCCGGAUUGUUGAUUAUCGCGUUCGGUACCGGAGGAAUCAAGCCAUGUGUGUCCGCGUUCGGAGGAGAUCAGUUCGAGUUGGGACAAGAGAGAAUGCUCUCUCUGUUCUUCUCCAUGUUCUACUUCUCAAUCAACGCCGGUUCUAUGAUCUCAACCUUCAUCUCGCCAAUCUUCAGAUGUAUUAUUAUUUAUAUUGAUAUUUCAAUGGUUGAUACUGAUCACUUUCAGCUCAACCAUGUCUCGGUCAGGAUUCUUGCUACCCCAUGGCUUUCGGUAUUCCAGCUAUUCUUAUGAUUGUAGCAACACGUCAGUAUUCUCUUUCCAGUGAGCGGUUUUGAAACAUUUUAUUACAGUGGUGUUCAUGGGAGGAUCGUUCUGGUAUAAGAAGAAUCCGCCAAAGGAUAACGUCUUUGGUGAAGUCACUCGACUUAUGUUUGUGAGUUGAAAACAGAAACAAUAUCAUUAGACUUUUAGACUAAUCCAUUUUCAGACCGCUGUCGGAAACAAGUCCAAGAAGGGGUCAACUCCAAAGGAACACUGGCUCCUUCACUACCUCACCACCCAUGACUGCUCCAAAGACGCCAAAUGCCUCGAGCUCCAGGCCCUAAAACACAACGGAAAACUGUGCCAGAAGAAGAGAUUUAUCGAUGAUGUCAGAUCUCUCCUCCGUGUAUUGGUUAUGUUCCUUCCCGUGCCAAUGUUCUGGGCCCUUUACGAUCAACAAGGAUCCGUCUGGCUUAUUCAAGGUAUCAGACGUCACACAGGUUGGCCACUAAACUGUUAUAUUCAGCUAUUCAAAUGGAUUGCCGUCUCAGUGACACCCUCCUCCUUCUUCCGGAUCAGAUGCAAACUUUGAACGCCGUUCUCAUUCUUGUCUUCAUCCCCCUCUUCCAAGUCAUUAUCUACCCCAUCGCAGCGAAAUGCGUCAAGCUCACGUAAGGAUUGUGUUUUAUGGCUCUUUUUGAACGUCUUCGUUACAGCCCAUUGAGAAAGAUGGUAACUGGAGGACUUCUCGCUUCGCUUUCCUUCUUGAUCACCGGAUUUGUUCAACUUCAAGUCAAUGUAUUACUUUACCUAUGUUUUCUUUUAUAUUUGUUGUUUUCAGACUACCUUGCCAACUCUUCCAGGCAAGGGAGAGUGCUCUAUAAGCUUUUGGAAUCAAUUCGACACCGCGUGCUCGUUCACUGUCACUGAUGCCAACAAUAACAUGAGAGUCCUGAAUCAGAGCAUUGUGAGUUUCACUUUCUCUUUGCUCGCAAGCAACAUCAUGCCAUUUCAAACAUGCUGAUAAAACGUUUUUCGGAGAAAGUUAUAAAAUGAAUUAUCACCAUAAUCAACCACUUAUCACUGUGACACGUUGCAGGGUCUUCAUGAGGACAAAGAUGAUAAAGCCGGAGUGUACAAACUUUUCACCUCGAAGUCAUCUUCUAAGAGCAACGCCGAUUGGACUGUGCCCUACACUAUAAAAUACGGAAAUGGGUGCCCAGCUGUAUGUAGCAAGAACAAACAUUUUUUGGGGCUAAAUUUUUAUUUUAGGGUCUCCCAACAACCAUCAAUGUUGUUGCCAAAAGCAAGAAGGUCGUUUACGUCGGAGUUGGAGCGUUUGGAUACUACCAAAACACUGCCAGUACUGAUAAGCCAACUGAUGGAACUGGAGAGUUCUCCAUGGGGUAAUGACUUUGCCGAAGGGUCACAUUUAUAUAAUUCAUUCAGAAUUGUCACUGUUACCAAUACUCCUUACGCCGGAAACUUUGCCAUGUGCAGACAAGACGCCAGCGACUUCGACGCCGCCCAUCCGUGUAACCCAAGACAUCCAGCCGAUUUCUAUUUCUGGGAAACCGACUACAACGACGGAACGGAUGACAGAGAUGGAAAUGCGACAAUCACCGGCGGAAGACAGUGGCCGGCCACUACUUAUACUUUCAAGUCGGUAAAACCGGGAAAAUGGCAACUGUACUAUCUCGACAACACCCCAAAAGAUGUGAACAGACAAACAUACAGCAAGAAUGCUACUCUUGUGCGCCCAACAAAAAUCUUUAAAACCAUCUAUGAGCAAGGAGGUGUUUUCAUUUACGCUUUGACCGGAGAUAUCAAUAAUCCAACUGCUCACAUGCUUCAAAUUGUUCAGAACAACAAAGUGUCUAUCCUCUGGCAGAUUCCACAGAUUGUCGUGAUCACUGCUGCUGAGAUUCUUUUUUCUAUCACUGGAUACGAGUUUGCUUACUCCCAGGUAAUUGAGCCACAUUCAAAUGUUUUGAGUUAAAAAAGAGUUUUUAGUCUGCGCCAUCCAUGAAGGCUCUUGUGCAAGCUUUGUGGCUGCUGACCACCGCCGCCGGAGACACAAUCAUCGUCAUAAUUACCAUUCUGAACUUGUUCCAAAACAUGGCUGUUGAAUUCUUUGUUUACGCGGCUGCCAUGUUCGUUGUCAUUGCCGUUUUUGCUCUUCUCGCUAUCUUCUACUACGAAUACAACUACUACACGACUGAUGACGAACACGACAAUGAAGGGGACAGCGAUGACGAGGAAGUGGAGCAUAAUGUUCGUUAUUCCAUCGAUAACAAGGCUUUCGAACUGGAACCAGAACAAACUACUUUCGCCAUCCACCUCUAA